AUGGGAAGGGUGUUGAAGAAAUGUCUCAUGUCAUUAUUUCCAAGCAGGAUUCUUUUGUGGUGGUCCUUAGUGCAGUUGUUUUAUAUGAAUGGAAACAGAACCCAUUUCUUCACAAGUAGAAACAGACUCAAAAGUAGAAGAAUUUUCAGAACAGGCAACUCCCACUGAAGUUCGAGAAUGGACCGAAACAACAGGAAAGAGAGAUAGCGAAGAAGAGGACUCAGAUGUGACUAGUGUUGAUGAUGAAGAAGACGAGCAAGUUCGCUUAUGGAAGCAGAGGGAAAGGGAGAUUUUUUCAAACUUGAACGAAGACGACCAGGAACGCUUUGAAUAUUAUCGUCAAGGAGAUUUGGAUAAGAACAAAGUGAAAAAGCUCGUGUCUACGGUUAACCCUGCGUUGUCUAUGAUGCAACCAGAUAAUCCUUUUAUCAUAGCUGUCAAAGGACUAGGGAAACUUUAUGCCGGAGAAUUGGUAGAAAUGGCAGUCGAUAUCCGUAAUGAACGAGGAGAACAAGGAGCAGUUAGACCCGUUCAUUUAAGGGAAGCUUAUCGUAGAAUGCAGAAAGCUGGAAAGACUCCCAAGUAUAGAAAAAUUUUCCUUCCAAGUUAAUAUUCAUUAUCAUUCACAAAACCCAAGUUUCUAAUAUCCACGAAGGAUUCCAUCAGUUCUU